GUCAUAUUCCCACUUGCAAGCAUUUGCUGCUCUCCGCUGAUGGUUGUGGCCGGAUUGCGUGAAACGAGGCGCCCAGCAUCAGCAACACAAGGCCUCCGGCAGUUUCUCCGUAGCCUUCCAGACAUCGGUGAUAUCGCAGAAGGUCAGCACUUCUGUGGACGGCCGCAACGUGGCCAAGGCGCUUCCCGGUUCCGGGUCGAUGCCCGCUGCACGGCCUCCGUCGCAUGCCUGGAGCGGAUGGCCGAGCGCGGCGACGCGGUGCCAGUGUGUUUGCUCCUCCAGUGCCUCCAAUACCUGGGCACUUUGGAGCUGAGCGCCGUGGGUGGAGAUGCCCUCUUGUGGAUGGUCUCGCCGGUGUUGGAGGCAGCACGACGGCAGAUCUUGCAGGACCAUGCUGAACGCCGGACCUUGGAAGCGGAGGCCGGGACCUUUCGGCAGAAGGUGGAGAAGAUGGCCAUGGAGGUGGAAGAUCACCACAGUUGGCGAGAGCGCUCGGAGGAGCGUCUCACCAAUUUGUUGGGAAGACACGAGAGGCAGUUGGAGGCCUUCCAGAGUGAGGCGCAGGCCCUGAAGGGGCAGCGCAGAGAAGUGGAGGCCACGCGCAGGCAGCUGGAUGUCAAGGCGUUGGAGAUGGAGCAACGCUGGAAGAAGGAGUUGGAGCAGUUGAAGGAUGGCCAUGAGCAGCUCUUUGCGCAGCUGGAGUCCCUGGAGGAGGAGAUCGCACACUUGGAGGAGCCCCAAAAAGCGGCCGCUGAGCAGCAAAGGCUCUUGGCGCAGCAGCUGGAACAGAUGCAGCCGGAACUGCUGAAGAAGGAGAUGUUGAAGGAGACCAACAUGCGCCUCGAGCUGGAGAUCAAAGAUCUGCAGCGGGAGAUCGGGCAGCUCGAGAAGCGGAAGAAGAGGGGGCUACCAAGGCGCACCGGUUCCAAGCGGCCUUGAGGUGGGGUGGGACGUUGGCUUCGGGCGAUGACAGGGAUCGUGCAUAGUUCUGUGCGGCGGGCGCGACGUUCGAAAGCCCCAUGUGCUUUCGAAGCAGGUGCGGACAGGUCGCAGGGUUGGGAGCUUCCUUCACACCGAAACAUCCUUCGAG